CAAUCACUCUCGCGACAAUCCACACUCACUUGGUCGAACCAACACCAUCCCUCUCCCUCCAACGACUCAUUCCUACCGCCAAAAUGCUCGGCUCCCUCUCCAACAUGCAACCGCGCCAACUCGCCGCCCAAGUCCUAAACUUCGCCCUCGUCCUGAGCACAGCUUUCAUGCUCUGGAAAGGCCUCUCCGUCAUCACAAACUCCUCCUCACCAAUCGUAGUCGUAUUGUCCGGAAGCAUGGAACCGGCAUUCCAGCGCGGAGAUCUGCUAUUCCUAUGGAAUCGAGGAGUCGAGACGCAAGUCGGGGAAGUAGUGGUGUAUAGUGUGAAAGGGAAAGAUAUUCCGAUUGUGCAUCGGGUGAUCAGGAGGUUUGGGGGUGGAGGGGAUGCGCCGUUGCAACUUUUGACGAAAGGUGAUAAUAAUGCUGCUGAUGAUACGGAACUUUACGCUCGAGGACAGUCGUAUCUCGAUCGCUCCAAGGAUGUGAUUGGGAGCGUGUUCGCGUACGUGCCGUUUGUGGGAUACGUGACGAUUCUGCUUAGCGAAUACCCGUGGUUGAAGACUGUUAUGCUGGUGUUCAUGGCUGCGACUGUGGUGUUGCAGAGGGAAUAGCGAUACUGAGGAUGGCGAUGCGAAUGUUCUGAGAGAACUUGGGAGUGCGACCCAGGGAAUUAGAGCUUUCCUUGCGUUCAAGCGACGGCGUUUGGGGCUGCAAAUCAAAACAACAUGUUCUUAAAUGAAAAGGAAUCAGGAUUUAAGUCUUCUUAC